AUGAGAUGUGCAUGUCGAGCAUGUAGGUUUGAUAAGUGCGUCGCUGUUGGUAUGAAUCCAAAAGCAAUUCAAUGUAAUCGUACGGGACGUUUAUCAUCACCUCAAGAAGCUCCAAGCUCAUCUACCUCAUCAUAUGCUUCCUAUGAAUCUGAUAUAUCUCAACAACAGGUCUCUACUUCAUGUAGCAUGGAGAAAGAGCUAUACUGCUUAUUUCCUCAGACGACAGAUUCCAUCCGUAAACGUUCAUCAUCAAGUCCAGACAGUGAAUCAGCAUCAAAACGAGCUUAUACCAUUUCCGCACUUCUUGAUUUCCCAAAAUCUGACACCAUAUCGACUACAGAUGAAAAUUCUAGAUUCAGAUGUUCAAAGAUGAAUAUAGCACAGUCAUCGACCACGAAUAUUACCUCUAGCAUUCGUGAUACUAUUCGAAAACAUUGCUCUAUCUCGGAGAAACAUGAACAACUGAUUUCACAUCUUCUUCGUGCGCAAGAAAUUAUCAAUGAAGUAUUAAAUCCGGAAAAAUGUGAUACUUCUAUUUCGAUUCUCGACUUGUUAGCACGACCAUCAGUGGUGUCAGCUGCAUUUCCAGUUGACAAUGACAAACAACAAAAACAGUAUAACAAUAGUCGAGAAGCGGUGUUGAAUCAGAAACUCGAGAUUGCUGUAGAAUAUGCGAAAACAUUCGAAUCUUUCCAAUGGAUGCCAAUUCAGGAUAAGAUAUUACUACUACGUGAUGUUGUAUUUGUGUUGAUUUUGUUGGAAACUGCUUAUAAAAGAUCUAUUUCAAAAAGCUCAUCUGUCCUCAAUCAUAGGAAUGAACGAGAAAGACAGUCAAUCGAGGAAAAUAUUGGAAUGUCGAUGAUAAUAGAAAGUUUUAAUAGAGCAAAACUGGACAAGAAGGAAUUUUUGUUGCUCAAAGCAAUUGCUUUUAUGCAUUCUGAAUGUUCUGGUUUAUCACCAAACAGUUAUAGACAAUUGUCAUGUCAACGUCAGCUAAUUCUGGAUACCUUAUUUAACUAUAUGAUGUCCAAACAUGAAAAACAUGGCCCAGUACGUUUCGGUCACGCGUUAUCGGUUCUUUGGUCCGUAUAUGAGGCAACAAAUUCCUAUGUGGAAAGCUUAAUGGGUAUGGAUUUAAAGCCACUCACCACAGAAUUACUAGCUAAUAAAUUGCCCGAAUUUAUGUCAUAA